AAAUAUAAUAAUCUUAGUGUCAGCUCUUCUAUAAAUUCCAGAAGACUAGCUUGUCACAAAAACCAGUGAGGAGCGAAGUUUUAUACAAAAUAUGGUAAGCAUUCCGGGGAUGAUGAUAUCCUCUUCCGAUGGUCCCAGGCCCAUGCCAGUGAUCGCAAUGGGCACAGCAGCAGCGUCAGUCUUCCAUGGAAGUGAUGCCAUGGCACCAUCGACUAUAGUUGACGCCAUUAAGGUGGGUUAUCGUCACUUCGACACCGCAGUAACAUACCGAACUGAAAAACCUAUCGGUGAAGGUAUCAGCGAAGCACUCCGGCUGGGUCUUAUCAAGUCUCGAUCUGAACUUUUCAUUACGACCAAGCUGUGGGGCAUCUCCGCUGACCGCCAUCUUGUUUUACCAGCCAUCAAUCAGAGUCUCCGGAAUCUGGGAUUAGAGUAUGUGGAUUUGUAUCUUAUACACUGGCCACUGAAGCUAAACCAAGAUGAAGUGAGACUCCCUAUUCCCAAAGAGUGUAUAGCCGCAAUUGACCUCAAAGCAGUAUGGGAAGCAAUGGAGGAGUGUCAAAGUCUAGGACUCACAAAAUCCAUUGGCGUCAGUAAUUUUUAUCCUAAAUUGAUUCAACAGAUUCUUUCGUUUGCAAAAAUCCCUCCUGCUGUCAACCAGGUUGAGAUGAACCCACGUUGGCAACAAAAAAAACUCACUAAAUUUUGCAAAGAGAAUAGCAUCCUCGUGACUGCUUACUCCCCUCUAGGUGCUUUCGGCAAUAAGGCAUGGGGAGACAACCAUGUCAUGGAAUGCGAUGUUCUCCAAGAAAUUGCCAAGUCCAAUGGGAAGACAGUGGCUCAGAUUUCUCUAAGAUGGUUAUAUGAGCAAGGUGUGAGUAUCGCAGUAAAGAGCUUCAAUACAGAAAGGAUGAAGCAGAACUUAGACAUCUUCGGCUGGUCCUUGACUGAAGAGGAACUGGAAAAAAUCGACCAGAUUCCUCAACACAGGCUUGUGUAUCUAAUAGGCAAAAUGACAACUGAGCCUAACGAUAUAAUGGCUGAGAUUGAUGCAGAGCUUGAUUAAAGAAGUAUCAUGAUCAGUAAAAAUAAAUGUGACUGAUCAACUACUUAUGCAUACUUUAAUAAGACAUUGUUAAUUUGUUUGCAUGCUUAUAUAAAUAUGAAUGAUCAACUACUUAUCACAUAAAUAACACAUCCCAAAUAGUUUGACUCAA